CGACUUAUAGCGAUAAGUUCACUUCCACAAUAUGGACCCCAAACAUGUUAUAUUUUAUUUGAUUCUUUGUCUGAAAUACGUAACAACUUACGAUAUCUGCAAUGUGGUCCAUUCAAGUAUAUGUGGAAAAGAAGAGUGUGUUUGCAAAAUGAUGAAAGGAAAGAAAAUAUGUCAGACCUGUGACGUUUGGUGCGACAGAACUGAUAGCAUAGAAUGUAACCAUGGCACCUGUACACCCCUGGGCUGUCAGUGUGAUCCCUGCUACACGGGAGACAGCUGUAGUGAAUACAACAACCUGUACGCCCCGGAGUAUGUCCACCUGGUGUUUGUUGCUAAGGUAGAGACGUUCUCCCGCGGGGUGUUACGAGGCGUGGCAGCUACGGACCAUGACGCCAGUAGCUGUCUGGAGGCAGGCCAGACCCAGUGUCACUGCUCCAGGGUCAUCCACCGAAUAGUGGGCGUAUCUUCCAACCACGGGGACUUUAAAAUAAACCAUGACACUGGUGAUAUAUCUUAUGACGUCAUGGGCGAAGAUAUCAUCGAGGUGUAUCUGGCAGGGUAUAAUUACGAUGAGUUUGGGUACCCCGACAGUCGAGAGAAUCGCAUUGGUUAUGCUAAGGUGAAUAUAUACGUCACAGACAAAGUAAUGCCAGAUUUGGAAACACAUUUGUUCAGUAUGGAAAAUGUUCCAAACAUUUAUGCAUGGAGGGAGGAAAUCUUUGAAGAGCACUCAGGAAAACUGAAGAAUGAACAUCUCAGAUACAGAAGACAAGCGCAAUCCUCUAUUCCGGAUAAUGUGACUGCAGUGCUAGCGCUGACGUCCGGCGACAGCCCUUCACCCGACACUUACUUCUAUAACUAUCUUCCUAUUUCCCUGACAAUUUCCAUUCCGGAAGGCAGUAGUUUUAUAGCAACCAAAAUCUACAGCGAACUGACCGCUGGUAACAGUCCCAUGUUUUAUUUCUGUGACCCUGACGUCACUUUCGUCGGGAGUAAUUUCUUUGGGUGGAGCCCCACCCAGUUCACCACAACGCUGACGUCACCCAAUGAACCGCAGGUAAAUGAUGUCCUUGAAAUUGACCUUGGCGUUGUCACCAAUGACGGCAGUGACUUCAACACAGCUGAAGAGAACGAUAUCGUCAUGGAGUUUAAUGCUUACGUCAUGGAUCCGACAGACACCGUGUUCGACCAACCAAUCAGAAUCUUUGCUGACAUACUCUGGGACAACGCGACGUGGAUGGUGGUAGAGAAGGAUUUCAUCAUAAAAGAUCACGCUAACACACCCACUGACCCAUUGGUUACGGUGAUUGGUCCGGCGAGUCUUAACCCUGGAGCUACCGGGACAUGGACUGUUAAAACUUUCAUCCAUCACCCCCACACUGAUCUCUCAGUAGAUAUAUACGGGACAUCACCGUCAGCUGUCACGCCCUGCUCAGCUUUCUACCUUGGUCAUGGUGAUGCGUACAUGUGCUACAACAACUCACAGGUGUCCUCCACAUCCAGCGCUUCUGGGGGCGGCGGAUACUUGUUCACACUGGGAAAGAUCUUCAACACAGACUAUAACGUAUCCGACCAUAGCGAGAAAUAUUUCUCGUUCCUGGUGUACGGAGAAAUGCCUUCCUCGGCCGCGGUUGGACAGAACUACAGCUUCACGGUGGAUGUCGAUCUGAGUGGGACGACGUUCUCAUUCCAACAAGACGUGACGUCAUCAGACGCUGCUGUCCCCCAGGCUCCCGGAAGUCCAACUCUGAAUCUGUCGCCGUUUUCUUCUACGAUUCACCAAGGUGGCCAAGAAACAAUUGACGUCAGAGUUACAUUAAUCGUAAACGAGACAGACACGUAUAAGGUUACAGUAAGAAACCCAACACCGGCCAACGAGCAGGUACACAUAUGUGACGUCACACUCGGAACUGUGGGUACCAAUGUUAUGUGUGGAGUCAACAAGUUCAACGUAACUUAUAUUAGCAAUGAAAACAACAAUUUAAACGAUGAAGUCAUUAUUGACUUGGGCAUACUCACUAACGUGGCACUGGACCCUGACGUCAUGAACAACACGGUCAGUGUGUCCGUCACGGUUUGCUACGUCAGCACGGGCACCCUGAACCUCGGAGACACCGUCACCAUUGACGGAGAACUACAGCAUGGGUCAGUCACCGACGCCCCGCAGAGCACAUCCUUAACUGUUGCAGCAGGGACACCCACUGCAACGGCACCAGUUGUAACAUUGGAUUACGAAAACGGACACGCAGAAAUCCUUCCGAGAGGACAUGCCGUGUAUGACCUUACUCUGACCCUGCCUCCAAACACCUAUUAUGAGAAUGUAAACAUCACCUUUCUGUCGGGGUACACGGUCACGCCCACCACGUCCAUCUGCUCCGUGUCUGUCUCCGUCACUGGGAACCUGACCUGCAGUAGAUUCAGUCCCGCCGUGUAUAUACCAAACAGUGUCCAGAACACGGUACAGGACAGCGGCUACAUCAUGCUGGGGUCCCUGGAGAACACUGGGGGUCAGGACGUGGUCGUGACGGCCCGUGUGGUGGUCGCUCUGGUGGACAUAAGUGUUGUAGACGGACAGACUGUCAUAACAAACGCCUCCAUCACCUACAACUCCGGCAGCGUGUGGCAGGGAUCCAUAAUAUCAACUGUCAACUCCGUUAACACAUACCCAUCCUUAACAGUUAUAUAUUCCCUCACAUCACCACAAAUAAUAGGAGUUUCCAACGGAGGAGGGGCAGAAUUCCUCCUGACGGCAGAACUUCCUGUCGGUUCCAUUACUCAACUGACAAUUGUAGCUACAGCCGGCCAAUCGGAAAUAGCCAUCUGUAGAGUCUACGUUAAGUCCGCUGGAGCAAAUAUACCAUGUGUCUCGAACGAUGUCACAGAAAUCCAAACAAAAUAUGCCAGCGGUGGGGGGAACUCAGAGAUCAGCUUCACUUUGCCGUCUGUGACCAACUCGGGAGAAAGUUCAUUACCAGCGAACAACAGGAUAACCUUUGGGGUCAUUGUUUUGGUACGUGAUGGGUAUGACUACGGUAACCUUGGCAAUGCGUAUUUUAAUCUGGACAUAACCCAUACCGACGAUUGGUCCACUGGAACGGAAGCUGCGCAAGUCUACGUCAACUCCAGCAAUGCCUACACGGCUGCUACACCAGUUCUGCAGCUAGACGCUCCUUUCGGGUUAAAUGUGGUCAAAGGCUCGACCAUUCCUGUUCACGCCAAGGUUUACACAUCGCCAAUGUCCAAGACCGAUUACACCAUCAACUUUGCUCCGACGCCUCUUGGAAAGAUUCAUGUGUGCAAUGUGAAAUUACUGUCAAGGGGUAAACAUGUCUGCAUUGACGAUACACCGAUGACAACAUUUGUCAGUAGUCCGGACAACAGCACGUACGACUCGGGAUCAAUUCAACUCGAUAACAUACUCAACUGGGGACCCACCGGUUCAACGGUACAAGUCGAUGACAACUUGUUGAUCGUAGAGGUAACUCUCGCGAUAGUUAAUGACGUCAGUGUGAGUGUGGGGAACACGCUGACCUGUGCUGUGGAUUUGACCCACACUGUGUCACAGACGGUGUCCGACUCGGCGUCCCUGUCUGUUGUAUCCACUCCCACGUCUGUACUAACCAAUAUUGCCGUGACAAAUAACCCGCCAAACGCUGGAGCGGUGACCGCUUACAUCAGUGACUAUGUGACGUGGGGUGUAAACCUGCACCUACCACAAACCACUGACCGCUACGUGAUGACUAUAGACAUGCCCUACUCCGCAGGGGAGGCCCAUCUCACACUCGUUAACGCCAGUUACGUGGGAGCAGGCAAUGAUAUUGGGUGUUCCCAAAAUACAACAGUUUCUUUUACCCUGUUGUCUGCAUUGUCAACAUCUCAGAUGACUCAAAUGACGGUUGACCUGGGCGUGAUUUCUAACACUGGUUCUUCUCUGCUGAAUGAAUUCAACACUCAAAAUACCAACGACAACGUCGUGCAGUUCAGUUUCACGUUCCAAGUCGCCGACCACCCUGCUAACAUACACAACUCUAUCCAACCAUUUACCAUCUCAGUAGCGGGGGACAAUGGAGGAUCCGCCUCAACAACCGGAAGUGUAACCAUACAAGUCGACGCUACAGAAACUGCUCUGUUGGAGUUCGACACAUGGACAGAUUCGCUACAUCAUUCGCUGAGAAGUUCUGGAGAAGAACUGAAACUGUACGGACGGUUGAACUUGGUUAACACAUCCACUGCGCAUGCUUCGACGGUAGUGGUACACUAUCUGUUGCCGACCUACACCACGUUUGUGGCGGUAAAUGAGUGGACGGUUCUCCAGCCCACCGCCACAGUCACCGCAGCCGGCGGCGUGGACCUCUCGUACCCUUUGAUAACAUUCACGGAUUUCCCAACAUUUUCACUGAAUGUAACUAUGGAUCCGAACUCGGCGUUUGAGUUUGGUAGUGUGAAUAUACAAAGCGUUUUACCUGCUGAGGUGACUUACAUGUCUCUACAAAGGCCGGAUCGAGACGAUAUCAGUACACACAACACGCUCCUGGAUAUCGUGCAGUUUGCGUUUGAUUCAACUGUUUGCGAUAAAGUUAUCGGGACAGACACAACAGCCAUUGCUGACUCUCAGAUUUCUGCUUCUUCUGAGGCAAACAUCGCUUCAAAUGUGAAGAGAUCGUCUGCCACAGGAUGGAGACCAAAUAAAAGAGGAAAGCCUUUCUGUGAGAACGAGUUCGUGGAGAUUGACUUUAUAAAUAGAAUAAAGAUCAUGGCAUUAUCGGUUCUGUCGGCUGGUGACGAUAACACUGAUUACGUCACUAAUUUCACGGUUCAAUACAGCAAUGACGGGGUAUUCUGGACCGACCUCACCGACAACACAACCAAUGUCAAGACAUUCCAAGUUGCGUUUAACGGAACUAAGACUAUUAACGACGCGUAUCGAUUUCCGUUAUCUAAAUCUGAGGAGUUCACGGCCGCCUACGUCAGAAUCAUUCCAAAGUCCGGCAACACGAGGGCGUGCGAUCCAGCCCUCCGGGUGGAGUUUGAAGGGUGCACAAUAGGGGCCAAUAAUGUAAACAGUACGGGAACGAGCACUCCUACUUACACCAUACCGGAGAGGUCUCUUCUUACAGACACCGUAGCAGGGGCCAUGUUCGCUUGCAUCAAGAGUGGAGUGGAUGGCGCAAAUAUGUGUUCUCGCUCAAAUGACAAUGGAACUUCAUGGGAAGAGAUUGGCGGAAUUGGGGAAGUGGUGGGCGUAGUCACCAACACCUCAACACUGGUGGGAGUCUCCCAAGACGGCAUGUCACAACUCUGUAGUCAUGACGACGGCGUCACGUGGAACAGUUGUUUAGGUGUUGAGGUCUCAGAAAUAACAUCAGGGGCAAAUUACGUCACCAGUACACCACAACCCUUUGAUGAUUUUAGUGGCACACCAGACGACACUAUGUUUUCCACUUAUGGCUUUAGUCAUCCCAAGUUUGAUGUUACAGGAGUAAUGAAUGGGAUAAAAGUUCGCACCCUGGCGAGCGGAUCCUGGAAUUUAGCGGCGUGGUGGGGAACCUCUGACUGGUCUUUGCUGUGAUCGCGAGACUCCGAUUGUUUAACACAGACUUCUAUAAUUUACAAUUUUGAGUAUGCAUUAAAUUGAUAACAAUUGUCUAUCCAUUUGAUACAUUUUUUUAUCUUUGAACGAGUACAGCACUGCAAACCCCCCCCCCCCCCCCAAAAAAAAGUGUUUUGCUGUGCCUCACUAGAUUUUUAAAUUUAGAUACCAUACCCCGAUAACUCAGUGAAACACCAGCUUUAUCGUAUAGAAGUAGUUGAUACUUCCUACCUGAAACGAUGAAAAUGAUUGUCUUUCUUAUGAAAAUUCUCAGUAUAUGACACAAUAGUUUGUAAAUGGUUACCACCUCCGCCUCUUUUUUUAUUUUGAUAAACGUUGGGUACAACAACUACUAUUUGUAGCUUUUUUUUUGGACGGAAGUUAUUCUUAAUUUUGACUUCAUAUGAUCCCUGUAUAUAGGUGUGGUCUUUUUCAAAGUUUCAGGGGUUAUUUUUAUAUUUAAAAAAAUUGUUCAUGGAAAUUUAAUGCAAAAUGUUUUGAGAAAUUUUGGCAAAGGACAAACUGGUAAAUGUAUCUAUAAAAAUGUGGUUCUAUAUACAUGAACUUUGUUAUUUAAGGUGUAGGUACUUUUUCCUUAAAUCGUGUCCGAGUCUCUUUAAGAUAUAGAGCACCGAUUAUUAAUGAUUAUAACGUUAGUAUCUGCUGCUGCUGACGUCAUUAAGGUUUCUCCACCCUUGGUGUUUUUAUGGUUAAAAUAGAACUCUGUGUAGUGACGUAUGUUUCAAAAGGUUUUUAAAAACUGUUUCAUUUUUCUAUUAAGUUUAAAAAGUCACUUUCCACACAAUCAAAAGUAAAAGAGUACAAAUUUAUUCAUGAAUUCAUUUAAAUUCAUAUACUGUUGUGAAUUUCCGUUGCUGAUAUUGUCAAGAAUUUUUUUGUCAAUUGAUUUUUAACAAAAUAGAAUACUAGUAAAUACGUUUGGUUAUUUUUUUUUUAUUUUAUUUUUUUUUUUAGUUUCCUAAAGUAAACAAUAUAUUAAAGUUUAAAAGUUUGAAACAGUGUUAUUCUCUGAACUUUAAAACAAUCAAAACAAUCAAUUUGUAAAAACAUGUGCCAAGAUAUUUUGUAUAUUAUAAUGAAUAAAUACUGUUUGUUUUUACGAGUUUGAUCAAUCCCUAACGCCGGGAGAAUUCUGGGUUGAAGGUCACUGUGGGGGUCAUUGCCAUCCACCUGGCUGAUCUUUCAGUGAUUAACUAAAUUCAAUAUAACAGUGUUACUACAGGAGAAAUGACAUGUAUUUCUCCAAUGACGCGAGAUCAUGGAUUAAAUACAUGUAAUACACAAACUUUCAGGAGUUUGCACACACUCUGAAAACAAUUGGUCGAAUUGAUCCUGAGCUGUGACUAAAACUUUAUAAUAAAGGUUCGAUAGCCAUUAGCUUUUGAUAAGACCCUCUUUUGGCAUCCGUAUUAUUUUCUUAGUAAUGCAAAUUAAAUAUUUAUUUUUCGAAUUCUUUAUAUAUAAAGUAUAACAAAUCAAUACGAUAGAAAACGUUUCACUUCUAGCUUUUGGCUUAUUUUUCUGUAUUGUUCUAAAUUCUUUGUAAACUAAUAUAAAGUUCUACAGACUGUAUGAUAAAACUCCUGAACAUGGGGACUUCUCAGAUACAUUAUAGAAUUCUCUUUAUAUAUUUAAGUCUUAUAUACGUGGUAUACAACUUGGCUCAAGCCAAGAACAAAGUUUAAAUGUGUCAAUUAGAACAAAUAAUUUGUUCGACAUAUUAACGAAAUAAGCGCGAUUAAUUGAAUCUUUUGAACAUUAAAUUUAUUAAUUUGAAGGAAUUGUAUUAAGACCAAAAGUUUCAAAAAUAUGGAUAUUCUGAGGUACGUUCUGGGGAAUAUUUCAUUCAUACAAGUGACGUGACUUUAAAAUAAGUUGACUGGAAUGACCAAAUAUGCCCUCAACUUUCAUGUAAUACCAACUGAAUCAGCAUUUUUGCAAAACGAAUGAACGUUGCUGUGACGUUUUUAGAAAUUUUCUGAAUGAUUCUCAUAAAUCCACUAUUUUCUUAGCAUCGGCACUUUUAUGAUAUCAAGAAAUCGCAACAAAGAGUGGUUCUAAAUUGUCAAUUUUUUAUUUAACAAUUCAAAAGAGCUUUAAAUUCAUAUGUUUGGUUAAACGGUAACUUCUAUGGUAUAAAAAAGAAAUUCGAAAAAAAUCAUGUUAUAAUAAGUUAUUGGUUUCAGAGGUAACAUUCUUUAGAUUUGCCCGCCUUUAGUUUGAAAAUUAACACUAUUGGUGAAUUUAACAAUUUCAUAUGUCAUAACUUACAUCUAUAUAAGCUACAAUUUCUUUCUACAUGUACAUGUAUAUUGCUUUAAAGAUGCUAAGAUAGUAUUUUUCUAUCCUUUGUCUCUGUUACCAUGGAAUUGGUUGCACUUAGCAACAAACAUGCCAUUUAGCUACCUUCAAUUUUGAAAGAAGUAAAUUGCUAUUGUAAUGAUUAUGAAUAUAUCCCAUAUCAAAUAAUUGAUUUCACUGUUUCAAAGUCAGCAAAGCUGCAGCAAAAGUACGAACAUUUUAUUUUGCUUAUAUCAUUUUGCAAUUUUAUAA